AUGUACAGCCAUGAUAAUGUAGUCCGAUCGCGUAAGUUCGAGAAAUUCGAUUAUGGUGAGAGUGGAAAUUUCGCUGAAUAUGGAACAAAAUCACCGCCUACCUAUGAUCUGCGAAAUGUCCAAACGCCAACUUUUCUCUAUUGGAGCAAAGACGAUAUUCUCGCUGAUACGGAUGACAUAAGGUAAGU